UGCUUCGUCCCCACUGCUCUACCCCCUUACCUCUCCGCAUACCCACUGAGCACCAUGUACAGGAACAAAUACCAGCCGAAUAUCUUGUCCCUCCUGCUGAGCGCGGGAUCCAAACCACUGGACCUAUGGAAGACGAAGACGAAGAAGGGGUGUGUCAGAAAAAUUUUGGACGAUGCGAUCAAGCUAAGUGCAAUUGAGAUCAUGUCCGAAAACACGUCCGACUCGUAUAUCUACACCUCCCCAGAAAAUUUUUCUUCCCUGGGCAUCAGCCUACCCUUCAUCGUUCUCAUCGUGAAAAAUAUGAAUAAAUACUUUUCCUUCCGCAUAAGCAUAAUGGAUGACAAGAAGUGCAGGCGGACCUUUCGAAUUUCAAAUUUUCAGACCGUGACGAGACUCUCCAACAAAUGGUGCACCAUGCCGAUGAUCCUAAACGAAGGCUGGAACAUAAUUCAAAUUAACCUGCAGGAGUACACGCAGAAGGCCUUUCGAACCAACUACAAGGAGACCAUCGAAGUGCAGAUCAACGCGAGCAUACGAAUCAGAUGCAUAUAUUUUUGUGACAAGCUAUACAGCCAUGAUGACUUAAAGGAUGAGUACAAAAUCUUUUGUAAAAAGAAGGAGAAGGCUAAGUACGUUCCUCCGCAAUGCUUAAACAAACCAUUAAAAAAAAAGACCAUUAAAAGCAUCAUCACCGGGGGAGUGUCCAAGGGAGGGGGGACCCCACCGACUGAUUCUGAGCAGAAGGAAACGACGGGGGAUCUUUUGACUAAAGAAAAUUCAAAACAGCUGGAUAUAGAACCCAUA